AUGGUGGAGGGUGCCCUGGAGCUCCCAGGGGACUCUUUAUUCUCCAGCACCUUAGAGGUGAAUGAAGGAGUGAAGCUGGACAGUGCUGGGAUAGAUGAGUGUGCAUUCAGGCUCCACAGGGUUGCUGUUGAUAAAUCCACUGCUAUAUCUCCUUGCUAUAUUCAAGCCCAUUUGCCAGAGUGGGAAAUAGAAGAUUCAUUCCAAAAAGUGUUAUUGAGAAGUUAUGGAAGACGUGGGCUUGAGAAUUUAACCUUCAGGAAAAACUGGGAAACUGUGGGUGGCUGUAAGGCUCAGAAAAGUGGUUACAGUGGAUUUAACCAAUGUGCAACAACUACCCAUUGCAAAAUUUUCCAACAUAAUAAUUUUUUGAAAGUCUUUAGGAAAUUGUCAAAUCUAAAUAGCCAUAAUAUAAGACAUACUGUUGAGAAACCUUUCAAGUUUAAGGAAUGUGAUAAAGCCUUUAACCUAUCCUCACACCUUUCUAAUCAUAAGAGAAUUCAUACUGGAGAGAAACCCUACAAAUGUGAAGAAUGUGGCAAAGCAUUUACCCAAAGGUCAAACCUUUCUAAUCAUAAGAGAAUUCAUACAGGAGAGAAACCCUACAAAUGUGAAGAAUGUGGCAAAGCUUUUGCCCAGUACUCGCAACUCACUGUACAUAAGAGAGUGCAUACUGGAGAGAAACCCUACAAAUGUGAGGAAUGUAGCAAAGCCUUUAGCUGUUACUCAAAUCUUAGUACACAUAUAAGAAUUCAUACUGGAGAGAAACCCUACAAAUGUGAAGAAUGUGGCAAUGUCUUUAAACAUUCCUCAGGCCUUAUUCGUCAUAAGAAAAUCCAUACUACAGAGAAACCCUACAAGUGUGAAGAAUGUGACAAAGCUUUUACCCAGUACUUACACCUCACUAAACAUAAGAGAAUUCAUACUAGAGAGAAACUCUACAAAUGUGAAGAAUGUGGCAGUGUCUUUAAACAUGCCUCAAGUCUUUCUUGUCAUAAGAAAAUCCAUACUGGAGAGAAACCCUACAAGUGCAAAGAAUGUGGCAAAGCCUUUACCCGGUACUCAAACCUCUCUCAACAUAAAAGAAUUCAUACAGGAGAGAAACCAUACAAAUGUGAGGAAUGUAGCAAAGCCUUUAGCUGUUACUCACAUCUUAGUACACAUGUUAGAAUUCAUACUGGAGAGAAACCCUACAAAUGUGGAGAAUGUAAUAAAGCCUUUAAACGGAAGCCAGACCUAACUGACCAUAAGAGAAUUCAUACAGGAGAGAAACCCUACAAAUGUGAAAAAUGUGGCAAAACCUUUAGGCAUUGCUCACAUCUUCGUGUUCAUAAAAGAAUUCAUACUGCAGAGAAACCCCACAAAUGUGAAGAAUGUGGCAAAGCCUUUAACCAGUACUCAAACCUCACUGAACAUAAGAUAAUUCAUACUGGAGAGAAACCCUAUAAAUGUGAAGAAUGUGGCAAACUUUUAAAAUAUUGUUCAAGCCUUCUUCAACAUAAGAAAAUACAUAUUGGACUUGAGAUGGAUGUUACUGUGUUAAGCUAUGACGUUAGCCUCACUGUUGUUGAUUGUAGUUUGCAUGGAGGAGCCAGUUAUUGA